AUACGAAAGUUUAAGGUUAGCCAAAUUAUAAUGGAAAAAUCCACUAUGCUCUAUAACAAAUUCAAGACUAUGUUUCUUGUUGGGGAAGGCGAUUCUGUUCUUUCACAAGUACUAAAUAAGUCAUUAGCUGAGCAAAAACAGCAUGAAGAAGCAAACAAAACCAAAGAACAGUGGAAGAAAGGAUCAAACAAGAAAUCUGAAAAAGACAAAGAACAAACAGGCACAAAGGUAAUGAAUGGUGCUUCUGAAGGUCAAGAUACAAACCAGUCACAACAAAAUGGGGACACCACAGAUGAAAAAAAAGAGAAGCUAGAUUCUGGCAAUAAGAAAAAGAUGUCUAGUGAUGGAAGAGAGCAAGAAAAGACGAAGGGUUCCACCGCUGAAAAUGAAUAAAUGAAACAUAAUUUUUUUGUAAAGUACAUAUUAAAGAGGACUUAAGGGUUGGCAGCUAGAGAAUGCUAUAACUUUUAAAUAAUUUUAUAGGCAUAAUAUUUUAAUGUGUACAAUUUGUGAGGGGUAUGUAAAGUCAAGGUAAACAUUUUUUCAAAGUAUUUAAACAUCCUGAUAGCAUUUGGCUCAGUAUUAAUAAUCAAAAUAGUUCAGAUGAAAAGAUCAUAUUCUUUUAGAGAUUGAAAAGUGUUUAUAUGUUUCAGGAUUAGUUCUAUAGUAACUUUACUGACUACUGUAUGUUUUACCUUUUGAUUAAUGAUAAGAAAAGUAACUUUUCUUUUAAAUUGCCAAAAUGCUCUACUUGUAUAAAUCUAUUUUACCCAUGUUUUUCUGUGUAUAGUUUUCAGAGUUGUUGUUUGCCAAAGUGUCGGUUUACUGUGUUUUGUAAGAAGCUGAACAAAUUUUGUAGCAUUGGAGAAGUUAUGUAUGAGUAUAUUCAUCUGGUUUAUUAAAAAAGAAGCUAGUUUUGUUCUUUGGA